AUGGCAUUCAAAAAGAUUGAAAUGAGUCUAGCCCUGGUCCUGGUAACCAUGCUACUGGGUCGAGCCACAACUCAAUCAAGUUGCAUCAGCACACUAACAAGCCUGGCUCCAUGCCUCAGCUAUGUUACAGGAAAGUCAUCAACCCCGUCGUCUUCUUGCUGCUCGCAGCUCUCGAUUAUAGUUCAGUCAUCGCCUCAGUGCCUUUGUUCAUUGCUCAAUGGCGGAGGUUCCACGUUGGGCAUCACCAUAAAUCAAACACUUGCUCUAUCUCUCCCUGGUGCUUGUAACGUGAAAACUCCACCAGUUAGCCGUUGUCAGUCUGCAGGUGGACCUGCAACUUAUUCCAACAAUCAAAGACCCGCAGAUGCAAAUACACCUGAAGCCUCGACUAGAGACAUUCCAGCAGGAGGGUCCAAAACCGUUCCAUCGACAGGCGGCGCCAGCACAUCCGACGUCGGAAGCAGUGGUGGCAUCAAAGCUCCGCUUCACUUUGUGCUCUUUCUUAUUUUUGUUGUAUCAUAUGCUUCACGUCUCGACAAGUUUUAGAUCUUACGUACAAUAAUUAUA